AUGCCUCCCAAGCGCGAUGGUGCGGAGAGCGAAAAGGGCAACACCAACGCUCUGAAACCCGACCCACCCGAAGUGCAGCAGGGUAUGAUGACGCCGGUACACCCUGAAACAACCCAUCGGAACCUGAAGUCCCGUCAUAUUCAGCUCAUUGGCAUUGGCGGUACUAUCGGCACUGUUCUUUAUGUACAAAUUGGGAACGGCCUCCUUAACGGUGGCCCGGGUAGUCUAUUCCUGGCCUUUAGUAUAUGGUGCACUUUCGUCCUCGCCGUCACAGUGUCCGCUGCCGAGAUGGUCACAUACUUGCCCGUCUCGUCGCCGUUCAUCCGCUUCGCUGGGCGUUAUGUCGACGAUGCCCUCGGGUUCGCUGCCGGCUGGAACUAUUUUGUCUUCCAGGCGGCCCUUGUGCCCUUUGAGGUUGUGGCCUGUAACCUGAUCAUCCGAUUUUGGACUGAUGCGAUUCCUGUGGCCGCGGUUAUCGCCAUUAUUAUCGUCCUAUAUGCCGUUCUCAAUCUUCAGGCUGUCCAGUGGUAUGGGGAGUCUGAAUUCUGGGCGGCUUUGGGUAAGUUAAUCUUGAUUGUCGGCCUGAUCAUCUUUACCUUUGUCACUAUGCUCGGUGGUAACCCACAAGGGGACCGUUUUGGGUUUCGUUACUGGAACAACCCGGGGGCAUUUGCAGAGCUCUACUAUACUGGUAGACUCGGAAGGUUCCUUGGGUUCCUGCAAUGCCUGAUCCAGGCCGCGUUUACUAUUGCUGGGCCCGACUACGUGUCGAUGAGCGCCGGAGAGGUUCAGAACCCGCGAGUUAUCAUGCCCCGCGCCUUUAACACGGUUUUCUACCGAUUGACCGUUUUCUUCGUCCUCGGCUCACUUUGCGUUGGCAUACUGGUUCCAUAUGAUGACCAAGAGCUAACAGAUUCUCUUCAAAACGGCGAAUCUGGUGCAGCGGGAUCCCCUUAUGUUGUUGCGAUGAAUCGUCUGCGUAUCAAGGUACUUCCUCACAUUGUCAAUGCAACAGUUCUAACAGCCGCCUUUUCCGCCGGCAACGCAUACGUCUACUGCGCGUCACGAUCACUAUACGGCCUUGCGUUAGAGGGAAAGGCCCCCAAGCUCUUUGCGCAUUGCACCAAGAAAGGCGUGCCCUUCUUCGCUGUCUCGCUGGUGCUCCUCGUGGCACUGUUAGCAUUUCUCCAGCUGUCAUCAAGCAGUGCUGUCGUCCUCGACUGGCUUGUAUCUCUAGUGACAGCAUCACAGUUGAUAAACUUCAGUGUAAUGUGCACGACAUACCUAUGCUUUUAUCGCGCGCUCAAGGCACAAGGAAUCUCCCGGGAUAGCCUACCAUACAAGGGUAUUCUGCAGCCGUAUGCAGCGUGGUAUGGGCUUAUCGGUACUUUCGUCAUGACUUUUGUCGGUGGAUACACCGUAUUCCUGCCACUGGAUGGCUUCUGGCAGGUGCCUGACUUUUUAUUCUCGUAUACCAUGAUUGGCGUCUGUCCGGUGCUCUAUGCCGGAUGGAAGCUUGUUCAUAAGACAAAGAUCAGGAAGCCAACCGAUGUGGACCUGAGCGAAGGUCUCGCCGAUAUUGAGGAGCACGAAAGAAAUUACAUCCCUCAACCGUCUUCGUCCUUAUUUGAGAGGGUUUUGGAUAAAGUCUUUGGUUAA